UUUAUUCUUCACCCAUCGUUUUAGUAGAAGGAGCAAAAGGCCCAACAUCACCUCCACCCUGUGAUUGCUUCCCCCCUCCCCUACUCUGUUUCUCAACCAGGCUUCCAUGAAAACAAAAAUGGAUAAUCGGAUAUUGAUUUUAUUUUGCACGCUGAAUGUAUUCUUUUCUGCAUUUUCUUAUGCCUUGAAACAGCAAUACAUCUCAGCAGUGGGAGACCCAGGAAUGCAAAGAGAUGAACUAAGAAUAGCUUUUGAAGGUUGGAACUUCUGCAAUGAGAUUGGUAAAGAAGCUCCUGGUAUGGGGAGCCCAAGAGCUGCUGAUUGUUUUGAUCUCUCAGGCUCUUCAUUGAAGCACAGAGUGACGGAAGCAGAUAACAAUCUUGGUGUUGGAACACCAUUUCCAGGAUUGAAUCCAAAAGCUCUAAAAAACCCAGACCUUUAUGCAGUAGAGAAGGAGCUAUAUCUGGGCUCUUUAUGUGAAGUUGCAGACACCCCAAAUCCAUGGCAGUUUUGGAUGGUGAUGCUGAAAAAUGGCAACUACGAUACCAUGUCUGGUUUAUGUCCUGAGAAUGGGAAAAAGGUAGGGCCUUUUAAACCAGGAAGGUUCCCGUGCUUUGGAGAUGGAUGCAUGAAUCAACCCAUCUUCUAUCAUCAACCGACAGAUUUCACAGGAACAGGAACAUUGAGAGGCAGUUAUAAUGGAACUUAUGAACUGGGCUCUAAUUUCACAGACGGGAUCGAUAAUAUCUCAUUUUAUGAGGUUGUGUGGGAGAAGAAAGUUGGAAUUGGGAGCUGGGUUUUCAGUCACAAGCUGAAAACAUCAAAGAAAUAUCCAUGGCUGAUGCUGUAUCUCAGAGCUGAUGCAAGCAAAGGCUUCUCUGGCGGAUACCAUUAUGACACUAGAGGAAUGCUGAAAACCCUUCCCGAAUCACCUAAUUUCAAGGUGAGAUUGUCUUUGGACGUGAAGAGAGGCGGAGGCCCAAAGAGCCAGUUCUACUUGAUAGAUAUUGGCAGCUGCUGGAAGAACAAUGGGGCUCCCUGUGAUGGAGACGUUCUCACCGACGUGACUAGAUACAGUGAGAUGAUCAUCAAUCCUGAAACACCAGCUUGGUGCAGCCCCAAAAACCUCAUCAAUUGUCCUCCAUUCCACAGAACACCCAACAACACCAUGAUUUACAGGAAUGACACUGCUCACUUCCCAUAUUCCGCUUAUCAUUACUACUGUGCUCCUGGAAACGCCCAACACUUAGAACAACCUGUCAGCCUUUGCGAUCCUUACAGCAAUCCUCAGGCACAAGAGCUGGUUCAGUUACUGCCACACCCUAUAUGGGCCGAGUAUGGAUACCCAACCAAACCAGGGGAAGGGUGGGUUGGAGAUGCCAGAACUUGGGAGCUUGAUGUUGGUGGCCUUUCCAGUAGACUCUACUUCUAUCAGGAUCCAGGUACCCCUCCGGCUAGAAGAAUAUGGACUUCAAUUGAUGUGGGAACCGAAAUCUUUGUUAGUAACAAAGAUGAGGUGGCCGAGUGGACACUCAGUGAUUUUGAUGUUCUCCUUACACCCUCGACUCCAUUAUCUUUAUAAAGUAAAUAAUGUGCUGCUUGGGAUCAACCCACUCUUCCACAUUCCAUAUUUUAAAUGGGAAACUACUCUCAGUGUCAGAUAUGAUUCACGCUCGUGCAAGUCUUGCAGUCAAGAAGCUUAACAGCAGGCCCGAAGGGCAGGGCUUCUUCCUCCUUGAGUUGAGGCUUGUAUAUGUGAUUUUACUUGCAUUAUGUAAUUCAAAAUAUCAGAAACAGAUCCUCAAAUCAAUUUAGAAUAUUUCAUUUUUUGGAAA